AUGGGCGACUUUGCGCUGUAUGGCGGCUCCGAUGAGGAGUACGCCGCUGUGCGCAAACACAAUGCAGAACUGGAAGCCGAUCCAGACUCGUUCGAGAACUGGGACAACUUCAUCAACGCGGUCACUGCGCUCGAGGGCGGCCUCAACAGAAACUCCAGCCCCCAGGCAUUGGCGACCUUUCGCGACGCCUACGACCGCCUGCUCGCCAAGUUCCCGCUCUUCUUCGGCUACUGGAAGAAGUAUGCCGACGCCGAGUUCAACAUUGCCGGCCCAGAGUCGGCCGAGAUGGUGUACGAGCGUGGCGUCGCCGCCAUCAUCAGCUCGGUCGACCUGUGGACGGAGUAUUGCUCUUUCAAGAUGGAGACGACGCACGACCCCCAGCUCGUCAGAGAACUCUUUGAGCGAGGCGCGGCCUGCGUGGGACUCGACUUUCUGGCGCAUCCGUUCUGGGACAAGUACAUUGAGUACGAGGAGCGACAGGAGGCGCGAGACCGCGUGUUUGCUCUGCACGUCCGCAUCAUCGCCAUCCCCAUGCACCAGUAUGCUCGCUACUACGAGCGCUUCCGCGGCCUCUCGCACCAACAGCCCCUGACAAGCCUGGCUGCCCCCGAGACGCUGGCGCGGUUCCGGAGCGAGUGCGAGGCAGAGGUCGCCGCGCUCGGUUUGCCGCCCAAGCCGGAACUGGAGCUUGAGCGGGAUGUCCGGACCAGGAUCGACAGCAUGUACUAUGAGACCUUUACGAGAACCCAGAGCGAAGUGUCCAAGAGAUGGACCUUUGAGUCUGGUGUCAAGCGCCCCUACUUCCACGUCACCGAGCUGGAGCACCCGGCGUUGCAGACCUGGCGAGACUACCUCGACUUUGAGGAGGCCGAGGGGGACGCGGCCCGCAUCGUCUGCCUGUACGAGCGCUGCCUGACGACGUGCGCGCUGUACGACGAGUUCUGGUUCCGGUAUGCGCGCUGGAUGCACGCGCAAAAGGGCAAGGCGGAGGAGGUGCGGCACAUUUACAUGCGCGCGAGCACGCUCUUUGUGCCCAUCAGCCGUCCGGGCAUCCGCCUCAUGUGGGCGUACUUUGAGGAGAGCUGCGGCCGGGUGGACGUGGCCAAGGACAUUCACGCGGCCAUACUCCAGGGGCUCCCGGACGCGGUCGAGGUCAUCAAGUCGUGGGCCAACCUGCUGCGCCGGCAGGAAGGACUCGAAGCGGCGGUGCAGCUCUUCAGGUACCACAUCAACACGCCGACGGUCGACAUGUACACCAAGGCCGCUCUGGUGGCCGAGUGGGCGUGGAUGGUCUGGCAGACGAGGCGCCAGGCCGACGCGGCGCGCGAGAUCUUCACCGAGAAUGUGCAGUGGUACGCGGACAGCCGCAUGUUUUGGGAGCGAUGGUUCCAGUUUGAGCGCGAGCAGCCCCGCCACCCCGGUCCAUCGAGCCAAGCAGACCAGAAGCCUCACAAGGAGCAGGUGGGCCGCCUGCAGCGCAUGCGCCAUGUGCUGGACGAGAUGAGGAAUCGCAGUCGGUUGUCAGCGGCCGUCAAGAUGCAGCUGGCCCAGGUGUAUCUCGACUACCUGGUGCAGUGCGGCGGCUCCAGGGCCAUGAAGGAGUUCCUCGCGCUAGAUCAGGAGAUGUUUGGGCCUGCGUCUGUAGCAAACAUUACCAAGAGAUCUGGAGAUGUCAAGAUCAAUGGGGCGCCGGCUCCUGGGGAGCUCGAUGCUGCGUCGAGAGCGAGGGCCGAGGCGAGACACUACAAUUUCUUCGAGUUGCAUACGCUUCCUGAUGCGGAGGCACAGGGUCCAGCGGACUUUAAUUAA